UGGCUGGAGGAAGAUGCUGAGCAGGAGGAACAUGAUGAGCAGGAGGAGGAAGAUGAGCAGGAGGGAUCUGAGGGGCUGCAGGAGAUCACAGCACCAGAGCCCUCAGCUUCUGCUUUGAACAGGGCUGAAAUGGAGACUGAUCAAGGGUGGCUGGAGGAAGAUGCUGAGCAGGAGGAACAUGAUGAGCAGGAGGAGGAAGAUGAGCAGGAGGGAUCUGAGUCCCAGGAGCAGAAGAGCAGCAUUUCCUCUCUGGUCACCUGCUCUAAAACCCACGGGACCGUUCCCAGAUCCAAGAAGCGAAUCCAGGCAUUUGUGAGAGUCAAGCCCACAGCUGAUUUUGCCCAAGAUAUGAUCAAAUUUGGGCCAGACAACAAGAGUAUGGGCAUAUACAUCAAAAAAGAUGCCAAGAAAGGAAUUGUGAAUAACACACAGACUGACUGGUCCUUCAGGCUGGACAAGGUUCUGCACAACACCUCCCAGGAACUGGUUUAUGAGGCUGUGGCCAAGACCUUGGUGUCUGAAGCUUUAAUUGGUUACAAUGGCACCAUUAUGUGUUAUGGGCAAACUGGGGCUGGUAAAACUUACACCAUGACAGGAGCAACCUCUGAGUACAGGCAACGAGGGAUCAUCCCAAGAGCUAUCCAGCAGAUCUUCAAGGCAGCUGCAGAUUCCCCUGAUCUCUUCAUCUCAGUGCGAAUAUCCUACCUGGAAAUCUACAACGAGGCCUUGUUUGACCUUCUGUCCCCAGUGGCAACCCGUGGGGGCAGUGACACACAGCUGGCAGUGGUGGAUUGCCCUCAGGGUGUUUAUGUGAAGGGUCUGUCUAUACACUCAGUCAGCUAUGAGGAAGAGGCUCUAAAUCUUCUUUUUGAGGGUGAGACCAACAGAGUGAUAGCAGAGCACACACUGAAUAAGAAUUCAUCCAGAUCCCACUGCAUCUUUACUAUUUAUAUUGAGUCUUGUUCCAGAGUUUACUCAGACCUCAGACGCAUUAAAUCUAAAAUCAACCUCAUUGACCUGGCAGGCUCUGAGAGACUGAGCAAGACUGGGUCUGAGGGACAGGUCCUGAAGGAAGCCUCCUACAUCAACAAGUCCCUGUCAUUCCUUGAGCAGAUCGUCAUUGCCCUGGCUGAUCCCAAGAGGGAUCACAUCCCCUUCCGGCAGAGCAAACUCACUCACGUCCUCAAGGAUUCUCUGGGAGGAAACUGCAACACUGUCCUGGUGACCAAUAUCUGUGGGGAAGCUGUUCAUGUGGAAGAGACUUUGUCUUCCCUUCGUUUUGCCACCAGGAUGAAGUGGGUCACCACAGAGCCAAUCCUCAAUGAGACCUAUGACCAACAGGUGUCUGUGAAGGCUUUGGAGGAGGAGAUUAGUCUCCUGAGGAAGGAACUGACCAUGCAGGACAGCUUUUUAAAUCGUUGUGUGACUUACGAGCCCCUGACUGGUGCCCAGAAAGCAGAAAUUAAAUCUCAAGUCCAGAAAUACCUAAAAGGAGCCAUUCAGGAAAUUGAUAUAGUGAAUGUCAGGCAAGUCCAGGAGGUGUUUCAACAGUUCAAACUGGUUGUGAGUCAAUGGGAGCAAGAGACGGAGGACAAGAUACAAAGGAAAUACAGUGUGAUAGGCAACGAUGACUUUGCAAGUGUGGUUGAUGUGGAGGAUCAUUUGGUCAUGGAUGUGGAGGAUCAUUUGGUGCAUGAAGAGGAUAAAGAGUCUUUAAGGAGUGGAACUGCUUCUCUUUUAUCCAAACGUGGUGUGAAAAAGAAAGCCAAGAAGAGCAAAGAGCAGCUCAA